CCUCCCGGAAGUGCCGGAGCGGCUGACGGAGCGGCUGACGGAGCCGGGCUCACCAGAUCGCUGCCGCGAGAGGGUUGCUGUGCUGGGGCCUGGGUGGCGGCUGGAGGCCUGAGUUGGGCCCGCGGCGGGGGUCGGCAGGGGGCCGGGUGCAGGAAUGAUGGAGGAGGAGGAACUGGAGUUCGUGGAGGAGCUGGAAGCCGUGCUGCAGCUCACGCCCGAGGUGCAGCUGGCCAUCGAGCAGGUGUUUCCAAGCCAGGACCCCCUAGAUCGAGCAGAUUUCAAUGCUGUUGAGUAUAUCAAUACCCUGUUCCCAACCGAGCAAUCUCUGGCGAACAUAGACGAAGUCGUGAACAAAAUUAGGCUGAAAAUAAGGAGACUGGAUGACAAUAUUCGAACCGUUGUAAGAGGUCAGACGAACGUGGGGCAGGAUGGACGGCAAGCGCUUGAAGAGGCUCAGAAAGCUAUCCAACAACUCUUUGGCAAAAUCAAAGAUAUCAAAGACAAAGCUGAAAAAUCAGAGCAAAUGGUGAAAGAAAUCACCCGUGAUAUUAAGCAAUUAGAUCACGCCAAACGCCACCUGACCACCUCCAUCACCACACUGAACCACCUGCACAUGCUGGCCGGAGGCGUCGACUCCCUCGAAGCCAUGACCAGGCGAAGACAAUACGGAGAAGUUGCUAAUCUCCUUCAGGGUGUGAUGAAUGUCCUGGAGCACUUCCACAAGUAUAUGGGGAUUCCGCAGAUCCGGCAGCUUUCCGAAAGAGUGAAGGCUGCACAGACUGAGUUAGGACAGCAAAUCCUGGCCGAUUUUGAAGAAGCGUUUCCUUCCCAAGGCACCAAGAGACCAGGAGGACCCAGCAAUGUUCUACGAGAUGCAUGUCUAGUUGCUAAUAUUCUAGACCCCAGGAUCAAACAGGAAAUCAUCAAAAAGUUUAUUAAACAGCAUCUGUCAGAGUAUCUAGUACUUUUUCAAGAAAACCAAGAUGUUGCCUGGCUGGACAAAAUUGACAGACGCUACGCCUGGAUAAAACGCCAGCUUGUGGACUAUGAGGAGAAGUACGGCCGCAUGUUUCCACGUGAGUGGUGCAUGGCUGAGAGGAUUGCGGUGGAAUUUUGCCAUGUGACAAGGACAGAACUUGCCAAGAUCAUGCGCACCAGAGCGAAGGAAAUUGAAGUGAAAUUGCUUCUUUUUGCCAUUCAAAGAACAACUAACUUUGAGGGGUUCCUUGCAAAACGCUUCUCCGGCUGCACCCUGACCGAUGGGACCCUGAAAAAGCUUGAGUCUCCACCCCCAUCUACCAAUCCCUUCCUGGAAGAUGAGCCAACACCAGAGAUGGAGGAACUGGCAACGGAGAAAGGAGAUUUGGAUCAACCAAAGAAGCCUAAAGCCCCAGACAAUCCAUUUCAUGGCAUUGUUUCCAAGUGUUUUGAGCCUCAUCUCUACGUGUAUAUCGAAUCCCAGGACAAGAACCUCGGAGAGCUGAUAGAUCGAUUUGUGGCUGAUUUCAAAGCCCAGGGGCCACCUAAGCCCAACACUGAUGAAGGGGGUGCUGUGCUCCCCAGCUGUGCCGACCUCUUUGUCUACUACAAGAAGUGCAUGGUACAAUGCUCUCAGCUCAGUACUGGGGAGCCCAUGAUCGCCCUGACCACCAUUUUCCAGAAGUACCUCCGAGAAUAUGCCUGGAAAAUCCUCUCUGGCAACCUGCCCAAAACUACAACCAGCAGUGGAGGGCUGACCAUCAGCAGCCUCCUCAAGGAAAAGGAGGGCUCAGAAGUAGCCAAGUUCACUCUGGAGGAGCUCUGCCUCAUCUGUAGCAUCCUGAGCACGGCAGAGUACUGUCUGGCCACCACCCAGCAGCUAGAAGAAAAACUCAAAGAAAAAGUGGAUGUAAGUCUGAUUGAACGAAUCAAUCUGACUGGAGAGAUGGACACGUUCAGCACCGUCAUCUCCAGCAGUAUUCAGCUGCUGGUUCAGGAUCUGGAUGCUGCCUGUGAUCCUGCCCUGACUGCCAUGAGCAAGAUGCAGUGGCAGAACGUGGAGCACGUUGGUGACCAGAGCCCCUACGUCACCUCUGUCAUUCUGCACAUCAAGCAGAACGUCCCCAUCAUCCGUGACAACCUGGCUUCCACACGCAAGUACUUCACUCAGUUCUGCAUUAAAUUUGCAAACUCCUUCAUUCCCAAAUUCAUCACCCACCUCUUCAAGUGCAAGCCAAUUAGCAUGGUGGGAGCAGAACAGCUGCUGCUGGACACCCACUCGCUGAAGAUGGUCCUGCUCGAUCUCCCCUCCAUCGGCUCGCAGGUGGUGAGGAAGGCACCCGCCAGCUACACCAAAAUCGUUGUCAAAGGCAUGACCCGGGCUGAGAUGAUCCUCAAGGUAGUGAUGGCCCCUCAUGAACCGUUGGUGGUGUUUGUUGACAACUACAUCAAACUCCUCACAGACUGCAACACAGAAACCUUUCAGAAGAUACUGGACAUGAAGGGGCUGAAGAGGAGUGAGCAGAGCAGCAUGCUGGAACUCCUGCGCCAGCGGCUCCCCGCACCGCCCUCGGGGGCAGAAAGCUCCGGCUCACUGUCCCUGAUGGCGCCAACACCAGAGCAAGAGUCGUCACGCAUCCGCAAGCUCGAGAAACUCAUUAAGAAGAGACUGUAGCAGCAGCAAGGGGCCCUUUGCUCCUGGCUGGAGACCCUCAGCGCCCGUUCCCCAGAAGCCCCCGACCUCUCCUGUGCUCCCCGGCACUCUCACAUCGUUGGUCUUCAAGCUUCCUGGGACACCUGGGUUGUUACUGAGUCUCUCCCAUGCCCUGUCUUACUUCCUGCCCUAAUCGGAGACGCUGAGUAAGGGCUGGGCUCUAAGAGGGCGAUUUAGAUGAUCUCUGGUUCGUGAAGCAGAGGCAGCAGUGGGGGAUAGGUCCCUGAGCUGCCCUUGACUCAUGCAGCCUCCCCAUGGCAGUCACACCCUCUGACACGUGGGCCCCACCCGUCCAGGCAACUUGAACAAGGAGGCCUGGAUCUCACUCCUCCCUCCCUCCCCUCCCUCCGUGGCUGGUUGAGGUUUUCCCUUCAGCCAGAGCUGAGUUUCCUCUCCCAUCUCUCGGUUUGGCCCUAGGGCCUGAGUUAAUGAAGUGGCAGAUUACAGGUUCUUUAUGGAGGCCGUGGAACCAGGCGUAUUCUCAUGGAAAUCCCAGUUUCCUGGCCCAUAUUUUGUUCCUGGUACUUGUCAUGACCUUACUUGACCAAGUUAUCCCUGUGUUCCCGCCAUUUCUCACUUGUCUCCAAAGGCGAGAUGUCCUCUGUGUCUGUCAUCCAGGAAGGUCAUGUGCCAGGCCUUCAAGCAGGUAUCCUGUCUGCCCUGGUGCUGCUGACCUGGGUAUGGGUAGACCCAGAUCUGACAGAGGGCUCUGCCUGGCACACUCGCCAGGUUGUGUGAGCAGAUUCUUUCCUUUUUUUUUUUUUUUUGAGACGGAGUCUGGCUCUGUCACCCAGGCUGGAGUGCAGUGGCGCGAUCUCAGCUCACUGCAACCUCCGCCUCCCAGGUUCAAGCGAUUCUCCUGCCUCAGCCUCAUGAGUAUCGGAUUACAGGCGCCCGCCACCGCGCCCAGCCCUUCCUCCGCUUCUUUAGUCUCACUCUGCUCCUGGCUUCUAGGGAAGGGAAACCGGGAAGUUCACUUGGAAGACGCUUCCUAGGCUUUCUCAUCAGAUGAAGCCAUGGGAGCGCCCAGGAAGUCCAUACCCUCGAACCCCUUUCUGCCCACUCACCUUCAGGUCCACAGCACUUUCCAGCGUCAUCUGAAAUAGCAAAGGUGAUGUGCAGUGUCCCAGUGAUGUGUUCCUGUGUUAUGAGAAGGAGUCUGGGGUUCUGGAUGCCUCAGGAACAGAAUAUGGACCUUAAAGACCAGGCUGAGAGCCUGGCCUGGCACGCAGCCUGCCCACCCCCCCACCCUUCCUGUCCACCUGGGCUCUCUGCAGCAGGGCUUGCCGAAGAGACUGCUCCCGGCCUCUCAUGUCAUCCUGCAUCCAGAGAACGGCAGCGGCAGCAUAGCAAGCCGUUACCCUGAUUCACUCGGGUCAAUCAGGCCUCAGUUAACCAUGACCACAGCUACAGGCAAACUACUGCUGUUGUUGCCUGCUUUUGCUGAAGAAUGAUACCUUGCCAGGCACGGCGGCUCAUGCCUGUAGUCCCAACACUUUGGGAGACCAAGGCAGGAGGAUCACUUGAGUCCAGGAGUUUGAGACCAGCCUGGGCAACAUACAGAUGUCUACAAAAAUAAAAAUGUGCGAAGUGUGGUGGCAUGCACCUGUAGUCCCAACUGCUAGGGAGGCUGAGGUGGGCAGAUUGCUUGAGCUCAGGAGUUUGAGACCAGUCUGGGCAACCUGGCGAAACCAAAAAUACAAAAAAUUGGCUGGGCGUGAUGGUGCAUGCCUGUAAUCACAGCACUUUGGGAGGCUGAGGCGGGUGGAUCACCUGAGGUCAGGAAUUUGAGACCAGCCUGGCCAACAUGGCGAAACCCUGUUUCAACUAAAAAUAAAAAAAUUAACCAGGUGUCAUGGUGAGUGCCUGUAAUCCCAGCUACUGGGGAGGCUGAGACAGGAGAAUCACUUAAACCCUGGAGGUGGAGGCUGCAGUGAGCCAAGAUUUCACCACUGCACUCCAGUCUGGGUGACAGAGCAAGACCCUGUCUCAAAAAGUAUUCGGGACAGAGGAAAGUUCCUGAAAAUCCAUAAAACUUGUAACAGCCAUACAGUAGGAAUAAGGUUUGAAAAUCUGCCUGGAAACCUGAUUUCCUUAUCCCCACCUUGUUUCCCAACAUAACCACUGCUCUGUGCCCCUGCCCUCUCUGCCAGCCUUUCUCCCCGAUGCUGUCCAGCUCUGAUCCUGAGCCUUAUUUCUUCAUCGGCUUCCAGGCUGUCCUUGCUGGCUGGUUUGACUCUCACACAUCAUGCAUCUCAAAUUUGAGAACGCGGAGGACAAAAUAAGUGUUGUGAGGAGGUGGUGCAGCCUUUAGUUGAGGUCUAUUAGGAAAAGAUUCCAAAUAAGACAAGGGCCGGGGGUGGCAGUCGGGAGAGCCCCCAGGAAGCCCUAUAGAUGCCCCCACCCCAGCCCAUGGGGUUGCUGUGGUUAUGCAGCCUGAGCCGUACAGUUGAAAAGGGGCAGUGGGGCCCAUCUCCAGAUAGCACAGCCAGUUCAGCCGUCUGUCCUCAACCCAGGAGAGCUGGGAAAGCCAGUGGACUCCUGCACCUGGUUCUUGUCACUCCCGGCAUUUGUGUACAGAUCACCACCUCUCUUUUUGGUUUGUUGUUGAGAAGUUGUUUUCCAGACGGCUCCAUCACAGCAUUGAGCUAUCAAGCUGCUGUUUUCCACAGUUGGUGGUCACAGCCAGGGAAGUUGCUGUCUUGAUUUGUUACAUUGUCAGUAAUCCCCAAGGAGCCAAUGGAUGUCAGUAGGAGUUUCUGUUAAAUGUCUCCUUGAUGGGGACUGAGUACUGUGUAAAGAUGCUGUGUUUCUCUUCUGGGGGUGUGCAUCAGAACCACUGGGGCCUUUUAAAAAAUACAGAUGCCGGCUGGGCGCAGUGGCUCACACCUGGAAUCCCAGCACUUGGGGAGGCUGAGGCGGGUGGAUCACAAGCUCAGGAAAUUGAGACCAUCCUUGCCAAUAUGGUGAAACCCCAUCUCUACAAAAAAUACAAAAAUUAGCGAGGUGUGGUGGCAUGCACCUGUAAUCCCAGCUACUUGGGAGGCUGAGGCAGGAGAAUCGCUUGAACCCGGGAGGCAAAGAUUGCAGUGAGCCGAGAUCACACCACUGCACACUCCAGCCUGCCAACAGAGUGAGACUCCAUCUCAAAAAAAAAAAAAACAGAUGCCUGGAGAUUUUGAGUCAGUAAGUUUGGAUGGGGCCUGGCAUACAGGUUUAAAAGUUCCAUAGGUAAUUAUAACGUUUACACCUUGUUAAGAACCAUUGCAACAGAGAGAUUUGCUUUAUGGAAGGGCUCCUGCCACACAUUUUCAUACAUGUCUAUUUUUCUGACUCUAAGCUAAAAGUGUGCCGACAUUACACUUGAGCUGGUGCCAACGUGGUGAAGAUUCUACUGAUAACAGCUUUCAUUUUAAACUUGUGUUGGGUCAGGCGCGGUGGCUCACGCCUGUAAUCCCAGCACUUUGGGAGGCCAAGGUGGGCGGAUCACCUGAGGUCAGGAGUUCGAGACCAGCCUGGCCAACAUGGCAAAACCCCAUCUCUACUAAAAAUACAAAAAAAAAAAAAAGGCAGGCAGGUGGCGGGUGCCUGUAAUCCCAGCUACUUGGGAGGCUGAGGCAGGGGAAUCAGUUGAAUCCGGGAGGCGGAGGUUGCAGUGAGCCAAGGUCCCACCACUGCACUCCAGCCUGGGAGACAGAGCGAGACUCAGUCAAAAAAAAACUUUUGGUGGUGGUGGGGACCAUGCCCGGAAUUGGGCUCUCUCCAUACUGAUGAGGAUUUUUCUUGUUUUGAUGACCAACCCCCAAGCAGAAGCUUUAUUUAUUAACAUCACUUCAAAAAUAACGCAUCAAAGGGGCACCCUAGGCCGGGUGCUGUGGCUCACACCUGUAAUGCCAGUGCUUUGAGAGGCUGAGGUGGGAAGAUUGCUUGAGCCCAGGACUUCAAGACAAGCCUGGGCAACAGAGUGAGACCCCAUCUCUAUUAAAAAAUAGGCCGGGCAUGGUGGCUCACACCUGUAAUCCCAGCACUUUGGGAGGCCAAGGCAGGUGGAUCGUGUGAGGUCAGGAGUUCGAGACCAGCCUGGCCGAUAUGGCGAAACCCCAUCUUUACUAAAAAUACAAAAUUAGCCGGGCGUGGUGGUGGGCGCCUGUAAUCCCAGCUACUCAGGAGGCUGAGGCAGGAGGAUUGCUUGAACCCGGGAGGCAGAGGCUGCAGUGAGCCGAGAUCAUGCCAUUGCACUCCUGCCUGGGUGACGGAGCAAGACUCUCUAAAAAAUAAUAAUGUAAAAGGAGUCCCCGUGGAUGAAAGCAGCAGCUAACAGCUCUGUAAUUCAGCUAAACCUAGAUAUUGUGCCCAUUCCUUCCCCUCAGUCCAUUUUCUCUAGCCCCUUUAAAAACCAAAAGACAACUAUGAAGUCACUUUGGGUUUAAAAUAAAUAGUGGUAAUUUGUAUAAUCAAUAAAGAGUUCACUCUGCUCUUAC